AUGGGUAAUAAUAGUUCAAGACCAGGUACUCCCUUAACAAGGACGGACACUUCGGGUUCCACAAAAUCAUCAAGAUCAGUACGUUCAAGAAUAUCCUUACAAAGAGAAGACUCUACCGCUAAUAAUAUUACAGAUUCACCCAAAUUAGGUCCUAAAUCUCCUAAAAUAUUAUCCCGAAAAAAUUCACUGGCUGAUUUAAAAGAUAUACCGUCUGGUAUUACCAAUAAUAGUACUAUAACCAAUAAUGACAAUGACAAUAAUAAUCCUACUAUACUUAAUAAUCAACAUACAAACUUAUCAUCAUCAAAUAUUACAUUGCCUCCAUCCAUGAUACAAGUAGAACCAAAAGAACCUAUAUUAUUAAGAAGAAAUACCAAUGAUAGUAUCGAUACUCCCAUCUCCAUUCAUAAUAACGCUUUAUCAAGAACUUCAACCAAUCAUUCCAUAGCAUUAUCACCGCAAAAUACUUCUGCUCGUAAUAGUAUUUUAGGUAUAGAUGAUACAAAAAGUAUACAUAGUCUAAGCAAUAGUAUCAAUAGUGAUGCUGAUGAUUUAGAUGGUAAUAUCGAAUCACUUUCCCUCAAUGACAAUAAUAAUAAUAAUAACAAUAAUAAUAAUAACAGUAAUGAUAAUGAAAAACUUUCCCGAGAAGUAAGUAAUAGCGCAGCUUCCAUACAUAGCAAUUCAAACAGCAAUAACAACAAUAAUAAUAAUAAUGGUGGUGGAGCAACCAUCGUAUCAAGAACAAAUUCAAAUAUAAGUACCAGCAAUAAUAGUUAUAAAUUAUCCAAAACCACCACAAGCACAUCAUUCUCCAUGAAUACCACUAAUACCAUUGAUAUUGAAGAUUUAAUUCAACGAUUAUUAGAUGCGGGAUAUAGUGGGAAAAGAACUAAAAAUGUAUGUCUUAAAAACGAUGAGAUUCAAUUAAUUUGUUCAACUGCUAGAGAAAUAUUCUUAAGUCAACCUUCAUUAUUAGAAUUAUCCCCUCCUGUGAAAGUAGUGGGUGAUGUUCAUGGUCAAUAUGGAGAUUUGAUUCGUAUUUUCACUAAAUGUGGAUUCCCACCGCUGACCAAUUAUUUAUUCUUGGGGGAUUAUGUUGAUAGAGGUAAACAAUCAUUAGAAACUAUCUUAUUAUUAUUAUGUUAUAAAAUCAAAUAUCCGGAAAAUUUCUUCCUUUUAAGAGGAAAUCAUGAAUGUGCCAAUGUUACUAGAGUUUAUGGAUUUUAUGAUGAAUGUAAAAGAAGAUGUAAUAUUAAAACUUGGAAAUUAUUCAUUGAUACAUUUAAUACUUUACCUAUAGCUGCUAUUGUAGCGGGAAAGAUAUUUUGUGUUCAUGGUGGUUUAUCUCCUGUAUUACAUUCCAUGGAUGAAAUUAGAAAUAUAGCUAGACCAACUGAUGUACCUGAUUAUGGAUUAUUAAAUGAUUUAUUAUGGUCAGAUCCGGCGGAUACGUUUAAUGAAUGGGAAGAUAAUGAAAGAGGGGUUUCAUAUGUAUUUUCAAAAGUUGCUAUUAAUAAAUUUCUAUCUAAAUUUGGAUUUGAUUUAGUUUGUCGAGCUCAUAUGGUGGUUGAAGAUGGUUAUGAAUUCUUUAAUGAUCGUACAUUGGUAACGGUAUUUUCAGCUCCAAAUUAUUGUGGUGAAUUUGAUAAUUGGGGAGCAGUUAUGAGUGUUAGUGAAGAAUUAUUAUGUUCAUUUGAAUUAUUAGAUCCAUUAGAUAGUGUUGGGUUAAAACAAGUUAUGAAAAAGGGUAAACAAGAACGGAAAUCUGCUCAAUUACAACGUCAACAAGAACAACAAUCAUCAAGAUAG